AUGCUUCAAAAGCAGGCCAUGAUGCAGCGGAUGCAGCAGAAGCAGAAGGAAGCCGUUGAAGGCCACACGGACGACUCCACUGCGGAGGACUCGGAAGUCUGGCAGUGUGCCACGUGCAGAGAGGCGGGCUCACAGGAGAAUCCCCUGGCCAUGUUGGCUGCAGUUGGCGAAUUCCGUGGUCGCUCGCAUCAUUUGGGGGGUCAUCCAGGCUUCCGUCGCUUCACCUCCUGCCGACACAUGGUGCACAUCAGCUGUGGACAGCGACAUGCCCUGGACGGACAGAGCCAGGCAGCAGCGUUGCGGCGCUUCUCCUUCUACAACAUCGAGGGUGGAGAAUUCGGCUGCCCCAUGUGCCGCUCAGUGGCCAACUGUUUGGUGCCUUGUGUGCCAGACAAGGAACUCUUUGAAUCACCGUCCUUCUGGGACGAGGC